CGGUGGUCAGCAACUUUCAAGAUGUCGUCCCGGUAUUAUCAGGAGAUGCAGGAAAGCUUCAAAAACAACAACAAAAGCCGGGAGUUCCCGGCUCACACCGCCAAGGUUCACUCGGUAGCCUGGAGCUGCGACGGCAGGAGACUCGCCUCCGGUUCGUUUGAUAAAACAGCCAGCGUUUUUGUCCUGGAAAAGGACCGAUUGGUGAAAGAGAACAACUAUCGAGGCCACAGCGACAGCGUGGAUCAGCUCUGUUGGCAUCCGACCAACCCCGACCUGUUUGUCACAGCGUCCGGAGACAAAACCAUUCGUAUCUGGGACGUGCGCACCACCAAAUGCAUUGCCACCAUCAACACCAAGGGUGAGAACAUCAACAUCUGCUGGAGCCCCGACGGUCAGACCAUCGCGGUGGGGAACAAAGACGACAUAGUGACCUUCAUAGAUGCCAAAACGCAUCGCUCCAAAGCCGAGGAGCAGUUCAAGUUCGAGGUGAACGAGAUCUCCUGGAACAAUGACAAUGACAUGUUCUUCCUCACAAACGGCAACGGCUGCAUCAAUAUUCUCAGCUACCCGGAUCUGAAGCCGAUCCAGUCCAUCAACGCUCACCCGUCUAACUGCAUCUGCAUUAAGUUUGACCCCACGGGGAAGUACUUUGCCAUAGGGAGCGCGGACGCCCUCGUCAGCCUGUGGGACAUGGACGAGCUGGUGUGCGUUCACUGCUUCUCCAGACUGGACUGGCCGGUGAGGACGCUGAGCUUCAGCCAUGAUGGCAGGAUGUUGGCCUCGGCCUCUGAGGAUCACUUCAUCGACAUUGCAGAGGUGGAAACAGGAGAGAAGCUGUGGGAGGUGCAGUGCGAUUCUCCCACCUUCACGGUGGCGUGGCACCCGAAGCGCCCCUUGCUGGCCUACGCCUGCGACGACAAGGAGGGGAAGUAUGACAACGCCCGCGAGGCGGGAACCGUCAAACUGUUCGGCCUCCCUAAUGACUCCUGAAGCGGAUCAGCUGCUCUGCUCGCAGGACGGGGAAUAUGGACGGAAAGGAGGACGUCCUGUUUGGUCCAGACAAGGAGGAUGAUGAACAUGAACUGCAGAAAUCUUCUGUCACCAGCAGGAGGCGCUACUCUCCUUAGUUUCCUCCCAUCUGACGUCAGUCCCUGGUGUGCCAGAUAAAAACACUGUAAGA